AUGCCUGCCUCUAAUAAAGGCUUCAAAACUGAAACUCUCACCCAAAUACAAGGGACGGUAUUUUGUGAUCAUGUUGACAAGGGGCUACUACAAUUAGAACCCUGGUCGAAGCAUGCGUACCACUUGUAUGUUGAUGACAUACCAUAUCUUGCGGUGGUGCUGGUGCAAGACAUAGAUGGUAUCCCUUCACUAAAGGCCUCUGAUUUGAAGGCAGCGGUCAAGAAGCGCUCGGAAGUUAUUCGACAACAAGAACACAAACAAGACGCCGAUAUUGAGAGCGAGGAUGAUAGUUACCAAGAAGCAUUGCCUUGUCACGUAGAGACCAGGUCACAUCUCUAUCGGAGCACAAGGAAUUGUGCACCUGUUCCUGCUCAUGCAGACCUAGAGGAUGGGAACACCAACAGUUCAUCUGAUGCUUAUAGACCUACCCCCCACAAAAGCAAAGCACUACCAACACGCGAGUUCAGUCAUCCCCUCUCUGAUGAUUCACUGCCAAGUGUUGAUAAAAUCAGUGCUGCUAUCUGCCCAAUCACAGUCCCGAUUGCUGUCUCUGACUCCUUCCAUCUCAUUUCCAAGCCCUCCUGA